GGAAUCAUUCUCAGGAAGACGCACCUGCAAAAUCCAUCUAGGCUACAGAUUGGAUUCCUAGCAAGUUUCUCACCAGAGAGAAAAGACAAACUGAUAUAAGCAAGGAGAUACGGAUAUGUCCAUUACAGGAAGAUGCCGUGUGCUCCAUCUCCUGGUUCUUCUCAUAUUCAUGUUCAGCGGGGAGAGAAUUGAGGCACAAAGAGCAGGUUGCAAGAAUGUUCACUAUGACCUUGUCUUUAUCUUGGAUGCCUCCUCCAGUGUUGGAAAAGAAGAUUUUGAGAAAGUUCGACAGUGGGUGUCUAAUUUGGUGGAAACUUUUGAGAUUGGCCCAGACAAAACCCGUGUAGGUGUGGUGCGAUACAGCGAUCGUCCGACAACAGAGUUCGACCUGGGAAAGUAUAAAACACGUGAGGAAAUCAAAGAGGCUGCACGAAAGAUUAAGUAUUAUGGGGGUAAUACAAACACUGGAGAUGCUCUCAGGUACAUCAACACCUACAGCUUUUCCAAAGAAGCUGGUGGGAGACUUAGUGAUCGAACAGUUAAAAAAGUGGCUAUCCUUUUGACUGAUGGAAGAAGCCAGGAUUAUGUCUUGGAUCCAGCCACUGCAGCCCAUCAGGCUGGAAUUAGGAUCUUUGCUGUGGGUGUUGGUGAAGCCUUAAAAGAAGAACUGGAUGAAAUUGCUUCAGACCCCAAGUCUGCUCAUGUGUUUCAUGUGUCUGAUUACAAUGCCAUCGAUAAAAUUCGAGGGAAGCUUAGAAGACGUCUCUGUGAAAAUGUCCUGUGCCCAAAUGUCCACGUGGAAGGAGAUCGAUUCAAACACACUGAUGGGGAGACUGAUGAAAUUCCAGGAUUUGACCUGAUGGAUUCGUUCAGCGUGAAACAGAUUUUUGGAAUGAAAGAAAAUGGAAUUCAGAGUGCUUAUGUACGGCUUGGAAGCUUCCCUGUUGUUCAGAAAACUGAGGAUGUAUUUCCACAAGGUCUCCCUGACGAAUAUGCCUUUGUAACUACAUUCAAAUUCCGGAAGGCUUCCAGGAAAGAAGAUUGGUAUAUUUGGCAGAUUAUUGACAAGUAUGGCAUACCACAGGUCUCGAUCCGACUAGAUGGAGAGAACAAAGCUGUAGAGUACAAUGCCAUUGGGCUCACCAAGGAUGCUGUGAGAGUGGUCUUCCGAAGUGCCCGCGUCGGUGACCUUUUUGACCGCAACUGGCACAAAAUUGCCCUCAGUAUACAGUCAACGGCUGUCUCACUUUACAUAGACUGCAGACUGGUGCAAAUGCUGCCUAUUGAAGACAGGGAAAAUAUUGACAUUCAAGGAAAGACUGUGAUUGGCAAACGCUUGUAUGAUAGUGUCCCCAUUGAGUUUGAUCUUCAGCGGAUGGUUAUUUACUGUGAUUCUCGGCAUGCUGAGCUGGAGACCUGCUGUGACAUUCCCUCUGGACCAUGCCAGGUCACGGUCCUAACAGAAGCACCUCCCCUGGAAGUGAGGCCCACCAUUGGCAGUGAGCAAGUUGGCCACCUCAAGACUUUCAACUGUUCCUGUCCUGCUGGACAGAAGGGGGACAGAGGUCCAAUUGGCCCUGGAGGUCCUAAAGGUCAAAAGGGAGAAAUUGGCAUUCAAGGCCUUCCUGGACUCAGAGGUGAAAAAGGAGAGUCGGGCAGAGCCUAUGGCUGGGGAGAAAAAGGAGAAAAGGGGUCCCUGGGCUCACCUGGCCCCCCUGGGAAGGAUGGAGCAAAAGGAGAAGCUGGUAAACCAGGACAGCCAGGAGCAUUUGGACUGCCUGGGCCAGCAGGUCCAAAGGGAUCCGAGGGGAAACAGGGUCCUCCAGGAAUUAAAGGCUAUGUAGGUGCACCGGGUCUGCAAGGAGAAAGAGGAGAAAAGGGAACACGAGGAGACAAGGGAGAACGAGGCUUCGAUGGGUUCCCUGGGAAACCAGGUGUGGAGGGGAAACAGGGCCCUGCUGGCAGCCCAGGCCCUCCAGGUGUCACUGGGACCAAAGGAGAAAAGGGUGAACCAGGACUUCCAGGACUGCCUGGAUCUUCAGUGCAUAUUGAAGGCCUAAAAGGAGAGCAAGGAGAACCUGGGCCAAGAGGACCGCAAGGCCAACCUGGACUUCCUGGACCUCCAGGAGAGGCUGGUCUGGAAGGCAAGCCUGGAGCCCCAGGUUUACCAGGUCAAAGGGGUAAAAAGGGAGAACCAGGAUUCCCAGGAAUCAAUGGUCUGAUUGGCCCUCAGGGACCUCCAGGGCCCCCAGGCAUUGCUGGACCACCUGGAGCACCAGGAUUGCCUGGAGAGAUUGGAGUUGCUGGUAAAACUGGACCACCGGGACCAGCUGGUUUGCCUGGCAAAGAUGGGUUAAAUGGACUUCCUGGGCUUCCAGGUCAAAAGGGAGAACAAGGGGAAAAGGGUGAGGAAGGCUUUCCUGGAACAGCUGGCCCUAAGGGUGAACCAGGGAGCCGUGGACAACCUGGUGAGCAGGGUGAAGCAGGUCUUCCUGGUCUUCGGGGUUUACCUGGACUGAGAGGAGAAAAAGGAGAUCAGGGAGAAAGAGGAAAAGAUGGUUUCCCAGGAUUGAAAGGUGAAAGAGGAGCAAAGGGUGACGUGGGUUCCCCUGGACCACCAGGCUUACCUGGAACAACAGCCUUCUUCACCCCAUACCCUAGGAUUCCUGGUGAAGCUGGACCAAAAGGGGAAAAAGGAGAUCAAGGAAUGAGUGGAGAACCUGGAUUACCCGGGGUCCCAGGUAAACAAGGUGUCCCAGGACCUGCGGGAGAACAGGGCACAAAGGGGCAGAAAGGAGCCCGAGGAGAAGCUGGAGCCCCUGGAGAGACUGGUGUGACUGGACCAGCAGGGCCCCCAGGUCCAAGAGGCUUGCCAGGAAAUGUGGGUGUGCCUGGAAACCCUGGGAUACCAGGAAAGGCAGGAGAAAAGGGGGAAAAGGGUGAUCCUGGAAAAGAGGGAAAAGUGGGUUUACCUGGACCAGCUGGUGAGCCAGGGCCUGCUGGACAGCCAGGCUUGCCUGGUAAGGGUAAAGAUGGAGAGCAGGGACAAAGAGGCCCACCAGGUUUGCCAGGACCCUUUGGACAGAAGGGUGAGAGGGGAGCUCCUGGCCUCCCUGGACAGCCAGGAGACAGAGGUGUGCCAGGAAUUGGGCUGGCUGGACCCCCUGGCCCUAUGGGACCCCCGGGAGACAAAGGGUCAUUGGGUCCUCGUGGUGUACCUGGUAUCCCUGGACCACAGGGGCCUCCUGGCCAGGAUGGUCUACCUGGAAAUCCAGGGGAAAGAGGACCUCCUGGAAAACCAGGUUCCCCACCCCUGCUCUCUCCAGAGGACAUAAAUCUCUUGGUAAAGGAUGUGUGCAGUGAAUGUCCUCCUGGCCCACCAGGACUGCCAGGCAUCCCAGGCUUCAAAGGUGAUAAAGGUCUUCGAGGGCCACCAGGCAGAGAUGGUCAGGAUGGGAAAAUGGGGAAUGCUGGUCCCAGAGGUCCUACAGGCCCACCUGGACUAGAUGGCCCAAAGGGUGCUAAAGGAGACCGUGGUAUGACUGGAGAUGUAGGAGAGAAAGGAGAACAGGGCCACCCUGGAAUGCCUGGCUUCUCAGGGGCUCCUGGAAACCCUGGUCCACCUGGACCAGAUGGGGCACCAGGACCAAUAGGACCAGUAGGAAACCCAGGAGAUAUAGGUAAAGAUGGUCCUCCAGGUCCACAAGGCCCACCAGGGUUACCUGGACUUCCAGGCAUGGCUGGGAAUGAUGGCAAAGACGGCAAACCAGGAUCUCUUGGGGAACCGGGCAAGCCUGGAGAACCAGGGCUUCCAGGACAGGAAGGUGCCAGAGGCUUACCAGGUUUCAAAGGACAGAGAGGAGAUACAGGUCCACCAGGUCCCCGGGGAGAGCCAGGUGCAACAGGUCCUGCUGGUCGUGAGGGCCCACAAGGGAAGGAUGGUGAUACUGGUCCCAUGGGACCACAGGGCCCUCGAGGACUCAGAGGGCAACCGGGCAAGAAUGGAUUGCCUGGAUCUGCAGGGGAACCUGGCCCGGCAGGUAGCCCAGGUCCUAAAGGAAAUAAAGGAGAAAAUGGCAGCCCAGGACUCCCUGGCUUCACAGGACCCCGAGGACCACCUGGAGAACCAGGAGAGAAAGGUCCUCCUGGAAAAGAGGGUGCACCAGGAAAACCAGGUGAAAUUGGGUCCAAGGGAGAGAGGGGAGAGCCUGGCAUCAAAGGUGAAAAAGGCCCUCAAGGAGAAAAGGGCCCUCCAGGUGAUCCUGGGAUACCUGGUCAUAAAGGACAUCCAGGACUGAUGGGUCCCCAUGGACCCCCAGGAGACACUGGGCAAGUUGGACCUCCUGGUCCUCCAGGACAGCCAGGAUUUCCAGGACCAAGGGGGGAACCCCCAUCUCUAGAGACUUUGAGAAGGCUCAUCCAAGAGGAGUUAGCCAAGCAGCUAGAUGCAAAGUUAGCCUAUCUCCUAGCUCAGAUACAGCCUGCACAUGUAAAAGCAUCCCAUGGAAGACCAGGGCCUCCUGGUCCCCCUGGGAAAGAAGGACUCCCGGGAAGAAUUGGCCCUCCAGGGGAGCCUGGACAGCCUGGACAAACUGGGUCUGAAGGGCCACCUGGACCGAUUGGUCCCAAAGGAGAAAGAGGAGCAAAGGGUGAGAAAGGAGACACUGGCAUUGGCCAACGAGGUGAAAUGGGGCCUCCAGGAAUUCCAGGCCUCCCAGGAGAGCCUGGCUAUGCCAAAGAUGGGAUGCCAGGACCACCAGGCCCUCAAGGUGAAGCUGGUGUGCCUGGUCUCACCGGCCCACAGGGACCUCCAGGAGUCAACGGGCAGUGUGACCCCACUCAGUGUGCUUACUAUGCAAGCCUGGCUGCCAGACCUGCCAAUGUCAAAGGGCCCUAGAAUGCAGGGAGUAUCCCCAGACUUGUCUUUGAAACUUGAAUUCAUCACAUCUGCCAAGAGCUCUCAGAUGUCUUCAACUGUGUUUCUUUCAUGGGAGGCCUUCUAAAGCCAACAGAUGCUGCCGGUCGGUCAGAUUGUUUUUAUGAAUUAUUAUUAUUAUCUUUGAUGUGAUAUGUGAAUUUGGUUUUGUUUUCUCUAACAUCAGGGCAUAUUAAACUAUUAAAAAUAUGUGGGCUUUUCCUCUUUGGGAGAUUGUAUAAUAUCAAUGCAUUUUGUACCUGUUUACACAGAACCAUUCCGAUGCCAAAAUUUUUGUCUGCUUUCUGGUUAAUUCUUUUCAAAGCUUUACUCCUCACCCUUGAAGCUGAAAUUAAGUCCUACAGUCCAAAGCACUAAAUGUGUGGCACAGGCUGGUCACAGGAUUGUUGGUGCAAUCUGCUAUCCACGUGGAGGGGAAGAAAGUAAAGCCAUGCCAAAGCUGGAAGAGAGGUCUCCAGUACACUCGACUCACAAUGGACAAACAGUUACGAACAGCCAGUGUAUUUCCCAGAAAACCCUUAUGAUCCUUAUUAAAUUUAAAAUUCUGCCCAUAAGUGAAUCUGUAUCCAAUGGGAACUACUUUUUAUGGGACCAGUUGACAUCACAAUAAGAUCUGAAGAGACUACAGAGAUAAUCUAAAUCUCCGCACUGCUCCCUGUUCAAGAAUUUCAGUACUUGGAGGGUUUGGUUCUACCAGAUGGAAUUUUAUCUUCCUUCUGUCAGGGAGAUGCCUAUGCAAAAAUCUUUGAUCCUGUUCUCUGUAAGCACAGGGAUGCCAAAUUCCCUGUUCAUUGUCAGUGUGCACACAGCUCUCUACAACUGCUUCAUCCAAAAAUCAGCCAGAGUAGUAAGAAGGUCUCCUGUUAUUAAAAAUCUCAGGAAACUAAGUGUGACCCAGCUUCACUAUUUUGGAUGAUGCACUAUGAGAGUAUCUGGACAAGGUAAUGUGUUAGAGGGUAAGUGAGAAGUUUCACACUAGUCAGUGUUCAAAAACCUGUGAGAAACUCUGUUUGAGGGUGAAAGCAAAAAAGUCAGUCACUGGCCUUUUUCCUUUAUCAGCUAAUUGCCAAAAUCAACCUCUGAAUGCAAAAUUAAAGAGGGGAUGGAGUCUGACAAGACCUUUGCAAUAAGUGCCAGCAAAGCACCUGCAUUUUCAAAACUCUUCUGCAGAAAGCAGUUUUUACUGAGAUAUUGAAGUAAUCAGCCUGACACAGGCACCAAGUGCUGAAUGUGUUCAGAAUUCUCAUCAGGUCUUCUGGAGUCAGAAAAGAGGCAUCAUGCCCUGCUGGCAAGUUCACCAUAUGGCAUGGUGUUUCCAAGCUGGCUAAACCAUGCAGAAGCCACAUCUGUCUAUAACCACUCCAGAAACAGCCCCUGAGGCUACAGGACAUAGAUAACCAUUUGCCAGUCUUGGAGUCUGUUUCUCAACCAGCAGCAGAUAAAAUUUGCCUCUGCUUUACUGAAAAAUGAAAUCAAAUAAGAUGUUCACAUGCCAGGGUUAAACAGUCUUUAUUGUGUAGCUGUCAGUAGUGCUAUUUUUUGCUAUUUCCUAUGCAAAUAAACUCUUUGAUUUAAUUUUACUGUGUCUUUUGCUAUGGAAAGACCAAUCAAAGUGAA